AUGAGUUCGAUGAUGACUAUAACUAUGUGCGGCGUAAUAUUCAAAGGUGACUCGAAAGUCAUGCCCAGCUGUUCGAUCGCUUGUUUUCAUCAAAAUAUUGCCACGAUCAUCCGGUUGAUCUUGACGAAAUGUAAUGAAAUGAAGAUUUUAUUCAAGACAUCAGCUUUUUGUGGUGUGGUGAGUCAAGAAAAGGCAUUUAAAUUGUUUAAAAUCCAUUCAGCAACAGAAGCAUUCACGUACUUUGAUAAAUCACGUCAUAAAUGUAAGAACUUCAUUCAAGUUGCGAGUGAAAGAAAAGUGCAAAUUGCAGGAAAUUUACUUAACAUUGCGAAAAUAAAAUGCGAAGCUCAACCUACAAUGUACACGAGUGAAGCUUCAUUGACACUUGGCAAACAAUCGAUAACAAUUUAUCAAAAUAAAAACUUUCCUUUACUCUCACAUUUGAGUCAUAAGGGUUAA